UCUUGUUUGAAGGAGUCAGCUCUGCUCUGCUCAUCUCUCCCCUCAAAGUCUUCGCUACCUCUGUCUUGGUAUUUGCGGUUAAGUUUCUCUGUACAUUCCCUUUCUCACUGAGUUAUGGCCAACUCUUCUUCUUAAGCCUUUCAUUUCUAACUCGAUCAGCCUUUAAGAUUCUCAACCACUUCUCUACUGCUCGUUCUAUUACCAUUGUUUUCUCUCACCUUUUUGUCCGAAUGCUGAAGGCGACUUCCGCUCAUACCUCUACUGCAACAUAGCUCAACUAUUUAGAAAUGGCUGCUUCUGAGAAAGAUGUAGUACCAAUGUUAUCAGCCACAGAUUCACAGACUGAUGAAAGUGAUGAACAUGGAUAUCAUCGAAGGUUUUCCUCUAGGGCAAGGAGUGCAUCAAUGUCUAUUCCAGCGAACUCCAUGGAGUCAUAUUAUACUGAAAAUGCUCUUCUUGGAUUUACUGGUCCCCUGAGAAAUGAAAGGCGGACUCCUUUUGUACAGAUGAGUGGGCCCUUGUAUGGUGGCCACAAGCCUGAGAGCAACCUUAGACCAUCUCAAGUAACUUUAGGACGCAAGUCAACUGGACUAACAAUGGAAAAAUAUCCUUCUGUGGCUGGGAGGGAAUCAAAUGGUUGGGCCAAUGAUGACUAUUUCGGGAAAAAUGAACAUCUCUUAAGAUCUGGGCAGCUGGGAAUGUGCAAUGAUCCAUACUGCACGACAUGCCCAGCCAUAGACAUCUUAAAUGCGCAGAAGAAAAAGUCAAAACCAUCAGAGAUAUAUGAUCACAAGUUCCAUAAUAUGAUAUAUGGAGACGCAAAAGGUUGUGCGAAGAAAAUUUGUUCUUUUUUGUCUUCACGCAUUCCAGGUGUCAUGAAUCCACAUACUAAGGUGGUGCAAUGGUGGAACAAAUUCUUUGCCAUCUCAUGCUUAUUUGCAGUUUUCAUAGAUCCCUUGUUCUUGUUUUUGCUGACUGUGAAUAAGGAUAACAAAUGCAUAGUACUAAACUGGCCCCUGACAACCACAAUUGUGAUUUUAAGGAGCUUGACUGAUUUCAUACACUUAAUAAACAUGCUUCUUCAGUUCAGGUUGGCUUAUGUUAAUCCUGAAUCCAGGGUUGUCGGAGCAGGUGAUUUAGUUGAUCACCCCAAGAAAAUCGCUCUCCAUUACCUUAAAGGAUAUUUUGUUAUUGAUUUCUUUAUUAUAUUGCCAUUUCCUCAGAUCAUUAUAUUGUUGAUUUUACCUAGAUCAAUGAGGUCUGGUGCAAAUUUUGCAAAAAACCUUUUGCGAGCAGCAAUUUUGGUUCAAUAUGUGCCUAGAUUGUUUCGGUUUCUGCCUUUGAUCGCGGGGCAGUCUUCAAGUGGCUUCAUUUUCGAGUCAGCAUGGGCUAACUUUGUGAUAAAUCUUCUAACUUUUGUGUUGGCUGGCCAUGUCGUUGGGUCAUGUUGGUACCUUUUUGGCUUACAGAGGGUGAACCAAUGUCUUCGUGAUGCGUGUCAUGAUUCGCAUAUAGAAUACUGCCGGCGCUUCAUUGACUGUGGGCAUAGUUACUCCGCCCGAGAAUUCUCAAAUUAUUCAUCAUGGUCUAACUGGACAAGAAAUGUAAAUGCAACUGCUUGCUUUGACAAGGAUUACAAGGAUGGUUAUUAUGGAAUAUAUGGCCAGGCAGUCAAUCUCACCACAAAGCAUAGUAUUGUUACGAGAUACGUUUACUCGUUGUUUUGGGGCUUUCAGCAAAUAAGUACACUUGCUGGGAAUCAAGUUCCAAGUUAUUUUGAGUGGGAAGUUCUUUUCACUAUGGGCAUUAUUGGAUUGGGUCUUCUACUUUUUGCUCUACUCAUUGGAAACAUGCAAAACUUUCUACAGUCGCUUGGUCGCAGGCAGUUGGAAAUGUCACUGAGGCGUCGUGAUGUUGAGCAGUGGAUGAGCCAUCGGCGCUUGUCAGAUGAUUUAAGAAGGCGAGUUCGACAAGCUGAACGCUAUACUUGGGCAGCUACAAGAGGGGUCAAUGAAGAAAGGCUGUUAGAGAAUCUACCUGAAGACAUCCAAAGAGAUAUAAGAAGGCAUCUGUUUAGAUUUGUCAAGAAGGUCCACAUUUUUGCAAUGCUAGAUGAGCCAAUCUUAGAUGCCAUUUGUGAAAGAUUAAGACAAAAGACAUAUAUAAAAGGAAGCAGAGUUUUGUACCAAGGUGGUCUCAUCGACAAGAUGGUUUUCAUCAUCCGGGGAAACAUGGAAAGCACCGGAGAGGAUGGAAAUGCGACCAUAUUGUCUGAAGGGGAUGCUUGUGGGGAAGAACUACUCUCAUGGUGCCUAGAGCAUUCUUCUGUAAAUAAAGAUAGAAGAAAGAUCAGAAUUCCAGGACACAGGCUGCUUAGUAAUCGGGGUGUCGAGUGCCUAACCAACGUCGAAGCAUUUAUAUUGCGGGCAGCAGAUAUUGAAGAAGUCACUUCUCUGUUUGCAAGAUUUUUGAGGAGCCCGCGGGUUCAAGGUGCCAUAAGGUAUGCAUCUCCUUAUUGGAGAGGUCGUGCAGCAAGGUGCAUUCAAGUUGCAUGGAGAUAUAGGAAGAAGCGUCAAAGUCGUGCAGAUGGCGCCAGCCCACAACAUUCUCUUCUUAGAGACGAAAAUCUGUUCAUCAACUUGUAGACUGUAAAUGUUUUUGUUGUGUAUGUAACAUUAUAGUUUGUAAAAUUUUGUCGUCAGCUUCUAGUUUGUGUUCUCCCACAGGCAUUAUAUUUGUCAUCCAAUAUAGACCGAAUUAGUGUGCAUGUAAUACAUUAUUUCUAUGAGUUGGGAUCUAGAUUUUGCAAAUCUUAGCCA